AUGCCCCCGCCGACACGGCAAUUCCACCGGCUCUCUAUCGGCCAAAAUAUGCCUGCGCGGGAUCCCAGGGCCGCCCGCGCGGGGCAGGACCCUUCCGACGAGAGGGAGGAGUCCGAGUCCGAGUUCAGUGAGGAAGAGAGCAGUGAGGAGGAAGAAGAAGAGGAGGAGGAGGCGGGUGUGUCGACGAUCCUGGCUCGCUCCGGCAUCACCUAUGACCUCAGCAAGCUAGAUACCGAGUCCGAGGCCCAGGCGUUGGUCGGCUUGGAUGAGCAGUUGGACGUCGUUAACUGUCGGGCUGCGUCUGGGGGAUACGAUUUCCAGUUGAUGGACCGGCCGCGGGUUCACAUUGGCAAGGAUGCAAGCAGCUGUACCUGCUCGACUUUUAAGGAACGUCCUGAUGCGGCGUGUCACCACAUCUUUCAGUGGAUUCUCGACCAGCUACAUGGCUGCUUCCUCACCAAACCACCAACCGGCGAAGUGGCCCUCUCCCACGACGGUCGACCGCGUAGCGGAACGCCAAUCGAGGACCUACUAGAAGGCCAACUAGAAGCCGUCACCGGCCGACUGAACUGGCAGUACCUGCGCGAAGAAGGCGACGGCCGACGCACCGGCAUGACGCGAGCAGAGAAAGUGCGAGACGUGAUGUCCGCAUUCAAACCCAACGUCCUGCCAGAGGGAUUCCGGCAAGACCUCGUCAACGAGCGGACGACGCAGUCACGAACACCAGAGCAGUGCGUGGUACAGGGCGAUCUGGAAGCGACAUUAUUCCGACUAGCCGUGCACGACGACAGCGUCUUCAAUAAUCUCUGCAAGGCGAUGCCGGCAGGCGCAUGUGCAGCGAUCUACUUCGACAAAAUCCAGGACCAGUGCCGCCGGCUCCUCCGCGAUUUCGACCGGUACUGCAUGACGGGGGAGCGGCCUGGGAGUUCGGGGAUUGUGGAGGUGGAUGAGGUUGCGGCGCAGCUACGUCGGCUGGUGCAGCAUAUUCGAAUGAAUAUUGCGUUGCGCACGCCGCAUGGUGCGGAAGGCGCGGCCAAGGCGCUCGUUUCGGUUCUUGAGGCUGUGACGGCUCGUAAUAAGGAUCCGUUGGAGGGAAAUCAAUGGGGAAAGACAUCUUUCCAUGGCGAGGAUGAGGAUCAGCGGAAUCUUUACCAUCUGCUAAUCGGGUCAGAGGAUAUGAAUCUCGGUCCUGAGGCGGAACUAUUCGUCAUCGAUGCCCUGGCUUCUCUUGCUCCGUCCGACCUGCACCAGUUCAUUAACCAGCUACAAGCGAUUCGGCAUCGGAUUGAGGUGAAUCGUGCGCCGAGGGCGUACCUGCUGAGACUGGAUGCACUGGUUCGAACGGCAGAGUCAGCGAGUGCUGAGCUUCAUGGACCGAUGGCUUUGUUUGGACAGAAGCGACCGGCUACAGGGGGUUCUGGUGGCUAUUCGAAGCGUCGGUAA